UCAGACCAUACGCCGCACACUGCAUCAAAUUGGUCUGCAUGGCUGUCGUCCCAGAAGGAAGCCUCUUCUAAAGAUGAUGCACAAGAAAGCCCGCAAACAGUUUGCUGAAGACAAGCAGACUAAGGAAAUGGAUUACUGGAACAUGGCUGACACACUGGACCCAGCCCUUUUGCACCCAGGUAGACUGGACUGUAAGAUUGAGUUUCCUCUGCCUGACCGUCGACAGAAACGUCUGGUGCUCACCACCAUUACCAGCAAGAUGAACCUCUCCGAAGAGGUUGAUCUGGAGGACUAUGUUGCAAGGCCCGACAAGAUCUCUGAUGCAGAUAUCAACUCCAUUUGCCAGGAGGCUGGUAUGCUGGCUGUGCGUGAAAACCGUUACAUUGUGCUGGCUAAGGACUUCGAGAAAGCUUACAAGACUGUUAUCAAGAAAGACGAGCAGGAACACGAGUUCUACAAGUAGAAUACUCAACUAGAUAUCAGCAUUAGCUUUUACUGUUUGUUUCAGCCUUUAUUUGUACGUACAGUGUAAUGUUGAGGACAUAACACUUGAUUUAAACCUUCAGGGUUUACACUGCUUGUACUGGGACUUUGAUUUCACAGGAUUGUUUCAGAUUUACAUUAUAUAAAAUAUGGAUGGAAAACAAACAUA